CUAGAUUAUGUUAACAUAUCAGCUUUGGUGAACCAUUAUUUUAAAAAUUUCGAUGCGACACACAUAUAGCUAGUGGGCUGAACUUUAAACCUGAUUUAAGUAGACAUACGAAAUUUCGAUACGACACAAUACAUAGCUGGUGUGGCUAAACCCGAUGAUGUCCCACACUCCCACUCGACUUGAGUGAAGUGUCAAGUCAACUCGACAGUAUUGUGAUGGUUUUCACUUCCUAAGUUCCUAGCUCAUACAAAAUCAAACAAUCGAAGCCAAAAUAAUACCUCUAAAAUUGUAGUGUUGCAGACGACGGAUUAAUGCCGACAACAGAGAGCUAUCCGGAAGAGUUGAAAUGUCUGCGCUUCUUUUGCUACCUUUCUUCCUUUUGAAGGGAGGUGAGCAAUUGUGCAGGUGCUGAUCAUCUACUGAUUCCUUCAUGUCCCGUGAUGAUAAAUCAAUAAUGCUGCUUGACUCGCAAGCUGGAGUAUCAAGAAUCCUUUUUGCUGAUGCGUAUGCUCUCUUAACUGUGGAAUAUUGGAAAGGUAAAAUCAUGCUGUUGUAUGAUGUCUGAAACUUUAAUACUGAAUUUUAGUGUUUAUUUUAAGCUGUGAAGUGAUUCAUCAUUUGUUACACAUUUCACUAUUGAAUCUAGCUGAUCGACAAGCGAAGAUAUAAAGAGAGGUAUGCACACUUAAUUAAUAUCUUGGUUAUGUUUCUGAUCUGGAUAUUAUUUGUUGUUUUCUUAAACAAAUGAACAAACUUAAGCUUGACUCCUUCCAGGCAUGACAGCUGCUUAUUGCAGCAAUCGCUCAUCGAUAGUCUUACAUGCUAUUGCAGUACAUUUUUAAUUUUUCUGAUUUCACCUUUUAUUGUUGUUUUAUUUUGGCAGAUGGACCGGUUAAACCUCUUUCGCAGUAUAUUUUUUUCUUUAUAAACAGUUGACCUGGCAUAUUUGGAAGAGUUGCUCUUUCCUUGAUGAUAUGUUUGUUGCCUAAUUGUAUGCUCUUUGGUUGCCUGGUCUUCAUGCUGACGUACUUUUGAUAUUAUUUUAUUCUCUUAUAAAAAUUGGAAGCAGAAAUGAAACAGACAUGCUAAAAGAAUAGAGGACUCCACGUAGUAUAUCUUCGACAAAAUCGAAUUUCUUACUAGGAUAUGAUAGUGUAUUGAGUUGGGACUCUUUUGGUGAUAAUAUAUCAACUGAAUUAAUAGGGGCAAUGGAAAUAGGGAUGUGUAGCAACCCCAGUUUUGAUCCAUUGACCUUGAGUGGUGAUGAUGAGUACUUUUCUGCUGAGAGCAGCCUUGAUAUCGACUUACCAGCUGAGUUCAUUGAUGGGGAUGAUGAAUUAGCUGCCGGGUUCUACUUCUCUUUGCCUGAUCUAUGGCUUCCAGAAUUUGAUUAUGAGCUAACUGAGCCCUUGUGUCCUCCCAUGUCUGACCAUGAUUUUCUUCUGUUCUACUCCCUUGACCCUCGUGUAUCUGGCCUUGUGUUGAUUCCGAAACAUUCACCACAAAGACCUCAAUUUGAGUAUGUCUCCCUCAUACAAAGUCAGACCAAGGUUCCAGAUAUUUCGUUUCUCAACAGCCUAAAUCUUCAGAUUUUACAAUCUUGCAGUGGUUUGCUCCUUUGUCUUUCUCAGUCAUCCCAAAAAUAUUAUGUCUGCAAUCUGGCAACUCAACACCCAGAGGUACUUCCUAAUUUUGUUUCUGCGACCAACCAUUUUGCUCUUAACCUAGCUUUUGACCCUUAUACUUCACCUUAUUAUAAGAUCAUUUGUGUGCAAAAGCUAGAACUGCAAAAGCCACUUCAUCAGAUAUCUAUUUAUUCCCGUGAAACUCAAACUUGGGCCGUCUCAGGUAAGCCUUUUGUUGCACCUGGUGACAUAGAUUUUAGUGAUGGGGUGUUUUGCAAUGGUGCAAUUCAUUGGAUGAGACGUACAACAAUAGGUCUGUACUUCAAUGUGGAGGAAGAGAUUCUGACAAAAAUGCCUAAGCCUCCACUGAAGGAAGGGUAUCCUUUGGUUAGCUGUGAGUACUUUGGGGAGUCUCAAGGUCAUCUUCACUAUGUAGUUGCAUCACCAGAGUUGUCUUUUCUGGAGCUCUUUGAGAUGAAGGAAGAUUACAGUGGGUGGUUUCUGAGGAGUUUGAUUGAUUUAAAGGCUUUGGCGAAGGAUUUUCCAAUUAUGGCUCGUAGGUCUAGCAACCCUCAUCCUUUCUUGCCGCGCUAUGAGUGUGAUGUGUUGUCUGUUGUACAGGGCCAUUAUGAUGAAGAUUUAGAAGUUGUGCUCUCAAUUCCUGGUGAAGUCAUUACUUACAAUCACGAGAAGAGAUCUGCAAAAAAGCUGUGUGACUUAAAGGUAAGGCCGUAUGAACGAGCAGUGUGGUAUAGAGUUUAUUCUUCCUAUCAAGUACUUUGAAGAAUUGCAGUCGAACUUCCCUUUGUACCUUAGCCUCAACCAUGCUUCAUAGUCAUAUCAUACCGAGCACACAUUUCAGUCACAGUUGUUGGUUUCUAGCGUCUGACAUGCUCAGACGUGAAUCUGCAGUGUAGAAAAGAAGGGUGAAUUGAAGCACAGACAGAAUCAAGAAAAAUAUGUUUGUUUUUAUCACACAUAUUUUAUUGAUAUGUCUUGAUUUACUUUGGAUGUGCGAUUGUGUCCCUUUAGUUUUGCCUUGGUUUUGUUCGUCUUGAAUAAUUAUCAUGUAUACUAUGAAGUUUAACUUUUGUUUUAUGU